GGGCGCUGUCAGGGCGUCAGCGCUGGCGGCUCCGCGCGGCCGGCCCCGAGCGCGUCCCUUAUUGCAGACAGGCACCCGGGGCCGGGGACCCCAUCAUUAUCAUGGGCACUGUUUGCUUUUCGCGGCGCUGCUGUUUGCUUUUCGCUCUCGUCUGGGCCGGCAGGUUUGCGGGAGGCAGCGGGGGCGCAGAUGUUGACGAGUGCGCAGAAGCUACAGAUGACUGUCACAUCGAUGCGAUUUGCCAAAACACACCGAAAUCCUACAAAUGCAUCUGCAAACCGGGUUAUAAAGGCGAAGGGAAACAAUGUGAAGAUAUUGAUGAGUGUGAAAAUGACUUCUACAAUGGGGGUUGUGUCCAUGAGUGCAUCAACAUUCCAGGCAACUACAGAUGUACGUGCUAUGAUGGGUUCAUGUUAGCCCACGAUGGCCAUAACUGUCUUGAUGUUGACGAGUGUCAGGAUAACAAUGGAGGGUGCCAGCAGAUUUGUGUAAAUACAAUGGGUAGCUAUGAAUGUCAGUGCAAAGAGGGCUUUUUCCUGAGUGAUAACCAGCAUACCUGCAUUCAUCGCUCUAUUGAGGGUAUGAACUGUAUGAACAAAGAUCAUGGGUGUGCACACAUCUGCCGGGAGACGCCCAAAGGUGGGGUUGCCUGUGAAUGUAGGCCUGGCUUUGAGCUUGCCAAAAACCAGAAGGACUGCAAAUUAACCUGUAACUAUGGGAAUGGAGGCUGCCAACACACCUGUGAUGACACAGAUACUGGUCCUGUGUGUGGUUGUCACCAGAAGUAUGCCCUGCAUUCGGAUGGCCGAACCUGCAUUGAGAAGGAUGAGGCUGCAAUUGAGAGUUCUGAGUACAAUGCCACGUCAGUAGCUGAUGUGGACAAGCGGGUGAAACGGCGGCUACUUAUGGAAACAUGUGCUGUCAAUAACGGAGGCUGUGAUCGGACUUGCAAGGACACCGCGACAGGGGUACGGUGCAGUUGCCCAGUUGGAUUUACCCUGCAGCCUGAUGGGAAAACAUGCAAAGACAUUGAUGAGUGCUUGGUAAACAAUGGUGGCUGUGACCAUUUCUGCCGAAACACAGUUGGCAGCUUUGAAUGCAGCUGCCAGAAAGGCUAUAAACUGCUCACAGAUGAACGGACCUGUCAAGAUAUAGAUGAGUGUUCCUUCGAAAGGACCUGUGAUCACACCUGCAUCAACUACCCCGGAAGCUUUGAAUGUCUCUGCCAUAAAGGCUACACCUUGUAUGGACUGACGCACUGUGGAGAUAUUGAUGAAUGCAGCAUCAGCAAUGGUAGCUGUGACUAUGGGUGUCUUAAUACAAUGGGGAGCUACGAGUGUGUCUGUCCACCUGGAAAGAAACUUCACUGGAAUAAAAAGGACUGUGUUGAGAUGGUGAAAUGUCUCCCGAAUGCCAAACCAGCUGCAAAGGCUCAGCUAGUGUGCAGUAAGACAGGAGGCAUAGAAAGCUGCUUCCUGUCAUGCCCAUCCAAUACUCUUUUUGUUCCAGAUUCAGAGAACAGCUACACACUGAGCUGCGGCAUCCCCGGCCCCCAGGGCAAAGCUCCGCAGAAGCGCAACGCGACGCUUCCCAGCUGCGCAGAUUCAUUAGCCCCUCCAGUCAAGCAGAAAGCUCGUUUUAAAAUUAAAGAUGCAAAGUGCCAUUUGCGGCCUCGCAGUAAAGAAAAAGUGAAAGAUUCUGGGAAGCAAGCUGUGUUAGGAGGUCCAUUCCCUUGUACAGACAACUGCCAGGUGACUUUUGUGAAUCUCAAGUGUGAUUCCUCCAAGAAAAAACGCCGGGGCCGCAAGUCACCGUCGAAAGAAGUGUCCCAUAUCACUGCAGAGUUUGAAGUGGAGAUGAAGUCGGAAGAAGUCUCAGACACCUGUAACAUUGACUGUGUUCGGAAAAGGAUGGAGCAGAAGCUGCAAACUGCAAUCAAAACAUUGAGGAAAUCUAUUAAUAAACAGCAAUUUUACAUUCAGUUUUCUGGGACAGAAUAUGAAGUGGCUCAGAAGCCAGCUAAAGCUACUGAAGGGCAUGAAGCUUGCAGUACAGGGCAAGUGCUGCAGGAGGGAAAAUGUGUUACCUGCAGCAUGGGCACCUUUUAUAGCGGAGAACAUAAUCAGUGCGUUCCUUGCUCACCAGGAACAUACCAAGACACAGAAGGUCAACUUACCUGUGAGCCUUGCCCAAGUAACGAUGGACAGGGAGUAGCAGGCGCCCGGAACGUGUCAGAGUGUGGAGGGCAGUGUUCUCCUGGACACUAUUCUUCAGAUGGUUUUAAACCUUGUAGAGUCUGUCCUCUUGGUAUGUAUCAGCCUGAACCAGGAAGGACUCUCUGCUUUCCAUGUGGCGGUGGGCUUGUGACCAAGUACGAAGGUGCUGUUUCAUUUCAAGACUGUGAAACCAAAGUUCACUGUUCACCUGGACACUACUACAACUCCACAACACACAGAUGUAUCCGGUGCUCUGUGGGAACUUACCAGCCUGAGUUUGGCCAGAACUACUGCAUCACCUGCCCUGGGAACACAAGUACAGAUUUUGAUGGCUCCACUAAUGUUACACACUGCAAAAACCAGCACUGUGGAGGAGAACUUGGGGAUUAUACUGGCUACAUUGAAUCACCCAACUAUCCUGGAGAUUACCCAGCUAAUGUUGAAUGCAUUUGGAAUAUAAACCCUCCCCCAAAGAGGAGAAUACUCAUUGUAGUACCUGAGAUAUUCCUCCCAAUUGAAGAUGAAUGUGGUGAUGUUUUAGUAAUGAGAAAAAGUGCUUCUCCUACUUCAAUUACUACAUAUGAAACAUGUCAGACUUACGAGAGACCUAUUGCAUUUACCUCAAGAUCAAGGAAGCUAUGGAUUCAGUUCAAGUCAAAUGAAGGAAACAGUGGGAAAGGAUUUCAAGUCCCAUAUGUGACUUAUGAUGAGGAUUAUCAACAGCUAAUAGAAGACAUUGUUCGAGAUGGACGAUUAUAUGCUUCAGAAAAUCACCAAGAAAUUCUAAAAGACAAGAAACUGAUCAAAGCCCUCUUUGAUGUCCUGGCACACCCACAAAACUAUUUCAAGUACACAGCACAAGAGUCAAAAGAGAUGUUUCCGAGAUCAUUUAUAAAGCUACUGCGCUCAAAAGUUUCCAGAUUUCUACGACCAUACAAAUAGUCUAGUGGUAUUCAAUUUGGGGUUACUUUGCAUUCUUGUCAAAUAUUGUAUUUCCUCCAUAGUAGAAACAUUUGCUAAUUUGAAGGCUCUUUUUUGCAGUCUUUAUUUUCAAUUGUAUAUUGAAGAAUACCUAUAAUGUUUUAUAAUUGUUAAAAGCCAAUGUUCUGAAUGGAAUUUUUACUACAAAGAAAAAUAAUUGUGGAUCAUUGAGUGCAUCUAGUUAAAGAUCCAAAGUUGUGUCUGCACUCGUGUGUCUUCACUUUCCAUUUGAAAUUACAUUUUGUAGAAAAUAUUCUUUCUAGCUUCUUAUUUUCCAUGAAAAAAAAUUCUUCAAAGCAUAGAAGGAAACUAUUCAAAUCUGAUUAAACUACCUGCAGAUAAGUCCUGUUGUAGAAAGAAGUGUGUAGUAUAAAUAAUAUUUGGAUUUUGAAUUGCACUUGAACUUUAUAUUUGAAUCUUUAGAAGAAAACAAAACAAUCUAAAUUUUGUUAUUUCUCCUUUGUGGUUUAGUGAAACCGUUGUCCAAGUAGAAAUGAGAAGGAAAGAAAAGAGAAAAAAGAGAGAAACAGAUGUAUAAUUUUGUUUUAUGAAUAACAUAAGAUUGAGUCCCAUGCCCCAACGUCUUAUCUGUCCUCUUCUAAACUUCUUCAGAGGUUUACCACCAUCUACUAUUUUGUUGAAACUGAUGUAGCUAUGGAGUUUUAUACACCAGUUGGUCCCUUUGAAGGCAUUUACAAUAGGAUAGAUGAGAAAUGAACAACAGCAAGAGUAGUAGUCUGUUUUUCUUUGCAUUAAUAGAGCAUCUAAUUAAGUACGAUAUAUAAAUAUAUAAAUAUAUACUUCUAUUUGUGGGUACAUUAGUAAUGUUAUCUUUAGUUACUGUAAAUAUUAUUCAUGCUUAAAUCUUUACCUCCCCCCAACUAUUUACUCAUACCUAUUUGUAAGUUCGCUUAGAUGAUUAAAUGACUUCUCCAAGUGCUUGUCACUUCUGUUAACACCAGACUGAAGCCUUCUGGAGUUUUAUAAUACUGGAUAAUGUUUUUUUCUUGGACAAUCUCUUUCAGCAUACAUUAUUCCAGGAAGAAUAACAACAGUUAAGAUGCAACUGCUCUCCAGUAUCUUGAUCAGUAAAGGGUCAGUUAUUGCUGCUUCUUUGAGCACCCCUCACACCCCAGCCAGGAGGUACACUGAGGACAGCGCACUUGAGAGGACCUUGAUCUUUAUGUGAGAUCUGCCCUCCACAAAACACUGUGAACGUGCCUCCAUCAGGUGCCCAAACUCUAAACAGGGAGGGUGGGGGGAUGGGACACAGUUUUGCAGCCUGCUUUGAAGAGGUGGGGGGCAGGUCCUGUGGCCUUUGGAGACCUGGCGCUCCCUUUCGCUACCCCUUUGCAGCCAUGGCACCUACCAGCCUUGGGCAACUCUCUGGCUGCCUGGACCCCACACCAGAGAGCACAGCCUCGUGGUCUCCCUUCCUCCCCAAGCAACAGGUAGCUGGUGGGUAAGACCAUGAUAAAUCCUGUGUUCCCUCCUGUUCCUUGGCACAGGAGUGAAUUUCAGUGAGAGACUGGACUAUUUUUAUCAGCAUUCCAGUCUCCUUAUCUUUAAGUCCUUUCCUCUUACAUACCACUUCCCCUUUGAUCCUACAGUUUUAUUACAUGUGGAAAUUAACCAUCACGCCAACAUGCUUUCAGGAAAAGGCUAACAUAAAGAGACAGCUUUGCUUCACUGCAUUUUUUUUUCGGAUGCUCUCAAAGGCUUACAUUUAAGUAUGUUUAUAGCUAACUUUUUAUGCCUUUUUAUGUCUUUUUAAAAUUCUGCUUAAAUUAUAUUUAAUUCGUUUUCUGUUGGCUACAAGUGGUUGAAUAUUCCAUUUCUAAGAGACUCCUUUAAUAUUUUGUUGAGCUUUUCCACUUAGCCAUCUGGAAUUUUUGCUUGCCUUCUUUCCUUUUCUGUUGAAGAGCAUAAAUUUUUUCUUUCUGUGCCUAAACAGUUUCAGCUCAGAGUCUAACAAUUCUGUUCUUUCACUCAUGGAUCUUAGUCCUUUGAAGAGCUUUUGUUUUAAAAAAAUAUAUUUAUAUUUCUUAACCCAUGUUUCAGAAUGUAACAUCCCCAUGAAAGUCUUUUUUUACAGGCUGCUAAACCUAAUUUUUUUGUGGUGAUGUUGAAACUACUUUUAUUAUAUAUUCACUAUGGGUUACUAAAGGUGAACAUUUGAAGGAAAACAUAUCAUCAUUCCUAGAUUCAGUGUAUUCAUGGAAUGAAAAAAUAUAGCUACAUGUGUUUUUUUCUGAACAGAAGUUAUUUGUAGAAAAAAUGAAUCUUCUUUAAAAAGCAGUGAUCUUUUUAGAUACUCAGUCACGUGUAAGUCUGUAGCUAAAAACCACUUCAACCAAACUUCGUAUUUCAAAGUCUGAUAGGUUAUCCAGAAUGAUUUGGUGAGGAUUACAGCCCUCCUACUGACAGAUAUUGGGAAAUCGUUUAGAAUUCUCAACAGAAGUCACAAAAUUUAACAAAAAAAAUUCUUAAUUUCCUGAAGGAUGAACAAUGAUCUCUAAAAUGGCAAUCAUCAGUAAGAGAAGUUUGGAGCCUGAUGUUGAGCAGCAGCUUUAGAAAUAUCUCUGCUAAGAUUUCUGUUUAGUGACCCACAAAUUUGGUCAUAAUGUCACUGUAAGAUAGUGGUGACAUGUAGGACAAACUCUCUUUGGGGGGCAGAGCUGCAAGUCACUGCUGUACAUGUCCAGAAACCGCUGGCAGCACAGUAACUUGCUUCAGGCUCUCAGCCAAGGAGGGGGAUCCCAGGGCCAGACAGUGCCUGCGGAAGGGACCUGUCCUGGCUGCGGCCACGGUGGGGGGGAACACGGGCACAGCUGCACACUGCAACUACAGGGCUAGCUGCACUUAGCGCUGGGACAGCUCGCCCCAGCUUGCAACCACGCUAGACAAAACUGGUGCUUUGCCUAGUUCAUCCUGACAGGCAAGGUGAGAGGUUUGGGUUGGCCCGUAUUCCCCAGAGCCACGUCAGGGCCGGGACUCUGCAGGCAGGACUGGGCGCUCACUGACUUGUCCGGUAGCAAAAGCAGAAUGUGUGUUGUUAUGCUUCUUCUCUGACGGCAAAGAAAGAAAGAGAAUAAUUUGGCCUUCAUAAGUAUAUAGUUAAAUGCUUCUGAAUACAUAGAGGUUUCUUAUGUGAUAUAUUUAGAAAACAGUCAGGUUUUGAAUGUUGGCAGCUCUGCAUAGAAAUGCCAUUGGAUGUGCAAAUUUAUAAUAAAAUAAGUAGUGACAAGGGGUAUGGAAGACUAAGCAAAUUUCAGUUGAAAUAUGCUGAUUUUUACAACCACAUAAUUUCUACGUUAGCACUAGAAGUAAAGAAAUGCUUUGAAGAAUUCCAUCCAAAAGUAUCUUACAAAUUCAGAAGGGCAUAAGGAUUUUUCACACUAUAUUUAUAGUUACAGAAACUGGCGUUCACCAAACAGAAUACAGCUGAGCUUCUCCUUUGUUAAUACAGGUGUCUGAUGCUUUCAUUGUCAGGAGUCUCUGAAAAUAUAGUUACUAUUAUAAUAACAGUACAACAACAAGGAAUGUCUUCUUUGUGGAGAAAACCUACACAAAUUUGGGAAUCAAAACCUGUGCAACGAGAAUAGGGCCCUCUCUAAGAAAACCAGCUUCGUGAAAUCAAUCAAUGUAUUGCAAAAUAGAAAAUUUUGUCCUUUACUGUAAAAAUGAAAUGCUGUAUUUAAACUUAAUCAAUAAAUACAGCCCUGUAUUUGGUCUUAUAGCAUUACAUGUUGUGUGCAGGGUAGGUGCAACAACAUGUUCAUGUGCCACUACAGGAAGGCUGAAGAAGCCUAAUUUGUGAUUGCCUAAUUCCACAUCACAAACUGAACUUUUUAUUUUCAAUUUGCAAAUGCCUGUAUGCUUAAAAGCUGCACCUGUAGCACUUAUCAUUUUAAGCCUCUACUCCUGCACUUAUUUUUAGCGAGAUGGUGGUGACUCAUCUGCACGUUCUCAUGUGCCACCACAUAGCAGCCUGCAUACCUGCUGCAAUCCAGCAGAUUGCAACAAUCUGAAGUCGCUAAAUAAUCAAGCCCUAAGUCAUCCCGUGACAGUGCUUGUUAGUGACUGCUGUGGGCAAUGUGCGUGUGUUUGUGUGUGUGUCAUUUGAAUACACGAAGCAUCAGGAUUCUGUGCUUAGCAGGCCAAAUUGCUACCUGCAUCUUGCCCGCAAUAGCAAGAUUUAUACUGUCUGAAGAUUUAGUUCACUAAAACUUGAUGUAAAGCUUCUGAAAUCUUCUUUCAACCCAUUUUUUUUCUUCUGCCUCCCUCUGUUAUAUAUCAGCUUUUUACCUAAAGACCAACUUCUGAAAAAUUUAUUUCCUCACUAUGCCUCCUCCAUACAAUAAAGUUAAAUCGCACUGCGCUAUGGUUACUGAAGCCUGAGUCUAGUCCCAUGUUUGCUCUUCAAACCUGGCUCUGCAGUUUGGUGAUAAUCGGCACAGUUCCUUUUAGCUGAGCACAGCAAAAGCCCUGUGCCUGAACUUCCCAGACUUUAGUGAGCCAAAAUAUGCAUCUGAAUUUCACAUCAGAUGUAUGUCUCCAAUAGCUAUAUUUCUGUAGGAACUGCUGCCCUACCAAAAAAAAUUUUUUUCUGUUUUGUCAUGUUUUAUUGACAUUCUGUAUAACCACAUCUCUGAAUAUGGAAAAUCACAGCAUACAAAGCCCUACGAGCAAUUCUUGAUGGUCAGCCAGCAUGUACGUGUACAGUGUACAUUCAAAAGGCUUUAAGUUCCCUUCCGUGAGUCUUUAGUUAUGGAAGUAGGGCAGCAGGAAGAAUCGCUGCACUUUUAUGAAAACCACCCUGUUCCUGUGCUGAGUCUUUGAAAAAGGGAGAGCCUUGUACUUCAUCUGUGAAGUUCUUCACUCAAUGCAUUUUUGCUUAACUUUUACCGUAAGUGAUGUCUCUUUCUCAUUGGUGAGACAAACAUACUGGAAAAGGGUUCAUCUACAGAGGAUUUUUAGACCUAAAAUUUUAAAUAUAGUACAAAGACAAGCAUGUUCUGUAUGUCUUUGUUGUAACAGGUAAAACAACACUGUACCAAAGAGAGGAGGAAAAAUUGAUCCUUCCCAUGCAUCAGCUUUAUAUUAUGGUAGGCUUACUGACAUCAGUAGAUUUACUAAGUUUUAGACUAGCUUAAAUAAGCACAGGCUUGGUCACAGAGUUUUCAGGGAGCCUGUGUUUUGAUUUGUCAGGUGGUUUCUAAAGAGCACAGCUAAUCUAUUGUCCUCAGUCCUGUAGAACAGAUGAUGCCACAGAAACAAGAAACAUACUUACAGGCAUUAAACUUUCAAAAAAGAAAGUUGAACCCAACCCUGCACCUCCUUGUGAGCCUGCCUAACAUACUUGAAUGUAUCAGAUCAGUCUUGUCUAUAAAGAACACUGUUUUAAUCUUGCAGAUAACAAUUUUUAAUAUAAUCUUCAGGAGCAAAAGUAGUGGUAUGAUUCUUAUACAGGUACUGCUGACUGGUCUUUGACAGUACAGAUGUCUGGACUCUAAAUAGCUUUGAAUGCUAUUAAAAAAAAAGAAGCUGGAGCAAAAUCUUCAACCAACUGAAUUCACUGGCAAAUUUCUCAACCACCUCAGGGGUCUGGAUUUUCCCUUUUUUGCAUUAUGGGAAUGAGCAACAGACAGUUACUGGUACCCAUGUCAUGAUUUCAUAGUUGCGUUUUUUUCAUAGUUUAAAGCCACUGUUUGACAGGAAUGGUAGUAACUAGAGAAGUUCUAUAAAUUCUCGAUACUCUGCGACUUUAAUGAAAUCAUUUUCUAGGGUGAGAGAAUAUUGUAAGCACUUGGAAAAAAAAAAAAGACUUUUGUCUCCCAUAAGAAUUUAUGGAGGAAGGGAAAAUUUUAUAAGGUAAUAUAAACUUAUUCCUCAGUAUCAGACUUGGAUUUAGAAGAAGUCUCAUGCUUUAUCAUCACAUUUUCCAUCUAAAUAGAAACAUACUGAGAAAUAAACUCUUAAUGGCAAAAAACUGUUAUCUAAGUAUCUGAAUAUAUACAAUUCCAGUUUGUUAUUUCAUUUAUUUAUUCUGUUUCAUCACUUAAGUUUUUAAUCUAUAAAAUUAAUAUGUAAUAUACAAGAGUAAAAUGUACAGAGGUACCAUAAAAUAUAAUAAUUUAAACCAUCUGUAUUCAGAAAGCAGAGAUAACAAGUUUAAACAUAUACAAACAAUUGCAAUUCAGUUUUAGCUGAAUUUCUCAAUAUCUAGGAAAAGAAGUGGCUUUGCUUAAUUAAACUUUAUUUUAAUGGUUGUGAAAAUGUCUUUUUUAGAGUUUGUUUUUGUUACUUUUUUAAUUAAAAUUAUUUUGUAAAUAUUGUUUUCUAUGUUUUAUACCUUGGAAAGGCCGCUAAUUUGCAUUGACAGCAGCAGAUACUCAACAUGAUGAUUAAAAAAAAAAAUCUACUUUAGGGCACUGGCAUGCAUGUGGUGAGAGGUGAGAUUCAUCCUUCUAGAUUACUGCUCCUGUUACUUCUGCAGUCUCGCUGGGAUCAUAGAAAAGGGUUGCUGGGGCAGUUUAACCUGCUAAUUUUCAUAGAAUUGACCAUCAAGUGUCAUUCUGAAGUGCUUACCAUUUUCAUAACAUAUAAAGAGUAUGUAUUUUAAAGUUAGUGCUAGGUCUUACUACAUUGUUAGGAUAAGGAACAACAUAAAAUUCAGAAAUGAAAGGGAAUUCAAAAUAUUAUGCCCAAACAUAGCAUAAAGACAAGGAAAAAUAGGAUAUAUCUGUGCUCCUAGGUAGCACUGGGAGUGAUAAAACCACAUAUUGGAUCUGAUCAUAGAGUCCUUUAUAGGCAAAACUGUCACUGAGGUCAGUGAGAGUUUCACCUGUGUAAAGUUCAUUAUGAUCCUGUCCAUCAUUUGUUAAACAAGAAUUUCUAGUAGACUAGAUUUGGGGAAAAAAUACCUGGAUGUGUAAUAUUGGUUUCUGUACUGAUUUGCUAUGUGUAGAUCACUGGGCAUGAGUGACAUUUUGAACUAAACCCUUGUAGAUGCUGCUGGGACUUCUAAGCUUUAUUACCUAUGUAAAUUAUGUACAAACAGUUAUUUGCAUAUGAAAUGUAUCAUGAUAGUUUAGAGCAAAAAUAGUGAAUAACUGUACAAAAUUUGAUACUUAGAAAAUAAAAUACAGUGGUCUAAGCUUUACCAAUAUUUUAACAAUACUGUCAGAUUCGUAGUAGAAAAUGUUGUUGUAAAUGUAUCUUAUAAGAAAAUACAUUUCCUUUUGCCUCUGUAUAUUAAUAGCUUUGUUUUCUAUGUCAAAGCUCAAAAUGAAGCAUGUAAUAAAACUUUUGUUAAAAUCACUUUCAUAAUAAACAUAAAUUGGAAUGGA